AAUGCAAGCUUUUAGUGCAAUAGAAUUUUAUUUUUUAGCUUGUUUUGCCCAUAUAAACACGUCGAAGCAGUAGGUUAACUCUGCAGCCAAUGGCGAUGCAGCUUAUUCGGAAGUGGCCUAUUUCUCAGAAAAUAGGGAGGAGGUCGUUUUGUGAUAUUCUGAAAAUAUUAUUUUUAGUUGCCCUAUUUACAUGCAUCUAUGUUCCAUUGGUUCUAUUCAUGCUUAGCUGAUCUGCGUUUGUAAGAACUUGUGAGAGGACCAAUCUAAAAUGAAAGGGAAGCUCAGUCUGUCCCGGCCCUCCAAGCAGAGGAGUGACACCAGUUUUUGCUCGGAGAGAGAAAUGCAGUCAGAUUCCUUGGCCCAUAGCGGUAGCUCUGUGACCCCAGACGAUGGCUUGAAACAUUCCAAGGGCCUGCAGACUUUAGCUUCUCAGCAAAAAAAGCACUUUAGUUUCACCCAGCACAAUAAUAGUUUCCUCAAGUUUUUGAAUGAGGACAGACAGCGGCCAUCAUCGUUCUGUGACCUGGACAUCGUUGUCAAUGGAAAACAGUACAGCGCGCACAAAGUGGUCGUGGCUUUUGGGAGCAGGUACUUUUAUGGCCAACUGACUGCCAACCCUGAAACAAGUCACAUGACGGUUGAUCGAGUUGAUGACUCCGCGUUCCAGCACUUGCUGCGGUUUUUGUACACAUCAGAGUUUGUUGUUUCUGAUGGCGAGAUCCCUUCCCUGGUGGAAGCGGCUAGAUUCCUGGACAUGAUUGAUGCUGUGAGAUUGCUGACUGCUGGGGAAGUUUCAGCAGAUCCAAUCGAGGUACAGGAACCAGCAGUGGAGCCAUCUUGCUCUGACACCCCGCAGAGCCCAGCAGAGAACAUUGCCCGGGUGCCUGGUGGCAGCCAGUGCACCCUCUGCAGCCGGACUUUCUGCUACAGAAAGUCCUUGGAGAAUCAUUUGGCUCGAGGCCACUGCCGGGAUGGUCGCCCAGAGGAGCGGCGGAAGGAUCCGGAAUCUCUCAACGCUGCCUCCCCGCCGGCCACCAGGAGGUCCGCUCGGAAGAGGAAGUGUCCGGCCAAGUUCGACAGGGGAGGCGGAGAGAGCGCCGCCGGCAUGCCAGAGAAGAGCAUCCCCGGCAAAACCGUUGCCAAGGAGAUCCCUAUCCCAACAGAAGAGGAAGAGGAGCAGGAAGAGGAGGAGAAAGAUGAGGACGAGGAGGAAGAGACGCCAGGGCAGGAGGAGGACGUUGACAGGAAGAGCCUGCUGAUUGGUGGCGACAGGCUGUACGAGGAGAAUUCGGACGAGGCGGAGCAGCACAAUGACGUUGACGGGGAUGAGCACGGCGCUGGCGCUGAAGGCCUCGAGCAGUCCUACCCCGAGGGCUUGGCUCCCGUCAUCAUACAGAGCUCCAGCAGGAAAACCCUCCAGUGCCCCAAAUGUGACAAGACGUUUGACCGAGCAGGGAAGUACGAGAGUCACACCCGCGUCCACACGGGCGAGAAGCCGUUCCAGUGCGACAUUUGCAACCAGUGCUACUCCACCAAGUCCAACCUUACUGUUCACAGGAAGAAGCACAAUAGCGAAACACCCUUUCAGAAGAAGGAGCACAAAUGCCCAUUUUGCAAUAAACUGCACGCCAGCAGGAAGACAUUGGCAAAGCAUGUCAGAAGAUUCCAUCCUGACCACAUUCAAGAGUUCCUCUCAAUCAAGAAGAGGAAGAGUGAAGGAUGGAAAUGUGAUAUCUGCCACAAGUCCUUUACGCGGCGGCCACACCUGGAAGAGCACAUGAUCCUUCACUCGCAGGCCCGGCCGUUCAAGUGUGCUUACUGCGACGACUACUUCAAGUCCAGAUUUGCAAGGCUUAAGCACCACGAGAAGUACCACUUGGGCCCGUUUCCCUGUGACAUAUGUGGCAGGCAGUUUAACGACACCGGGAACAGGAAACGCCACAUCGAGUGCACCCACGGUGGAAAGAGAAAAUGGACCUGCUUCAUCUGUGGGAAAUCCGUGCGUGAAAGAACAACUCUGAAAGAACACUUGCGAAUACACAGCGGGGAGAAGCCCCACCUUUGCAGUAUCUGUGGUCAGAGUUUCAGACAUGGGAGCUCCUACAGACUUCACCUCCGAGUGCAUCAUGACGAUAAACGCUACGAGUGUGAGGAAUGUGGAAAAACCUUCAUUCGGCACGAUCAUCUGACCAAACACAAGAAAAUACACUCUGGAGAAAAAGCACAUCAGUGUGAGGAGUGUGGUAAAUGUUUCAGGCGCCAUGACCACCUAACGGUUCAUUAUAGAAGCGUUCACCUUGGAGAAAAAGUGUGGCAAAAGUACAAAGCAGCUGUGCAUCAGUGUGAAGUCUGCAAGAAGGAAUUCAAGGGAAAGUCAAGUUUGGAGAUGCACUUCAGGACACAUUCAGGGGAGAAACCAUACAGAUGCCACAUCUGCAACCAGACGUUCCGGAUCAAGAAGACGUUAACGAAGCACAUGGUGAUACACUCGGACGCCCGACCGUUCAACUGCCCGCAGUGCACCGCCACCUUCAAGAGGAAGGACAAGCUGAAGUACCAUAUGGACCACGUCCACACGACCAGGCCCGGAGAAGACCCCGCCUCAGCCCCCGCCCACGACAAGAUGGUCCCCGUCCCCAUUUCCUUUGACGGCAAGGUGUACCAGUCCGAGCCCAAGACCAUCCUCCAGAACGUUCCAGCAGACGUGUGCGUGCCUGUCACGCUGGUGCCCGUCCAGAUGCCGGAGGUUUCCGGCCAGGUGGAGCUGGUUAGGCAGGCCACGCCCCUCUCCUCCCAGCCGCAGGGGAUGAUUUCGCCCCAGUCCCAGGGGCCGCAGGGGGGCGAGUACCAGCCUGCCACGGACCUGGUGUUUUUGGAGAAGUACACCCUCACCCCUCAGCCGGCCAACAUAGUGCAUCCUGUUCGGCCCGACCAGAUGCUGGACCCCAGGGAUCAGUCGUACCUGGGCACUCUGCUUGGCCUGGACACUGCUGCCCCCGUACGAAAUAUUUCCGAUCCAGACCAUGCUCACUGACCGUCACAUUUAUUUGCAAUGUAUUCCUUUUUUAUUUUUUUUACAUUUUCUAAAAAAAAAUAAAAAAAAACAUUUUUCCCACCUUGUAGCAGCUGCAUGAAACUGUGUUGGGUUGUGGUUGUCUAGGGUGGGCGGGUUGUUGUGUCUUUCAUUCCAGGAUUGGCUAAUCAUAGGAAUGAAACAGAGAAAUUACUAUGCACUCACUGUCUGGUUAGCAAGUGGUAGUGGAUUUGGGGGAGGGGCUUGAAGGUUACAGGUUAGAUAUCUCUAACUUGUGUUAGAUAUAGGGAUUGUAUGCUGAUACAUGGCCAAAUAACUUAUGCAUUCCUGCAAUGAGUUACGUAAAUUGUGCUUAUUGUGUUUGUGUGGACAGUGGCCUGUGAGUUGUAACCAAUAAACUCAUGAAAUUAAUGUAUAAUAA